CAGUCGAACGUAUUGUUCAUAAUAUAAGUGAAGUAUUUUCUCCCUGAGUCAGCUGAGGUUUGCAUCUCCCUGAGUCAGCUGAGGUUUGCAUCUCCCUGAGUCAGCUGAGGUUUGCAUCUCCCUGAGUCAGCUGAGGUUUGCAUCUCCCUGAGGUGGGUUUUCCUCCCUGAGUAGAUUCAUUUUCCUCUGAUCGUUGUAUAAUGCAAAUUUAGAAUGUUUUCUGUGCCGUCCCCGUUAAUCUUUCACUCAUAUUCUUCCGUGUUUAUGUCUGUUUCCACUUUCUCUCUCCCUUGACUGACACCAGCUUUCUCCCUCCCUCCACUCAGACGGUGGUUCUCUCCCUGCAGCGUGCCUGCUGGCGGCGGGGAAGGGCAGAGACGACUAUAUGGGUUACUCCUCUCAGCUGACGUGCCCCCCAACCCAUGGAACUCAUGGCAAGACCCGCCCCGGCUCCCCACACUCACCUCUCAAAGACCACAAGGAGGAGCCCAUGGCCCUAGCUGACAAGACCCACCAACAGCAUCAGCAGCAGCACCAGCAGCAGCAACAGCAGGAUCAGCAUCAGAAGAAACCGCUACACGCCAAGCUGCUGAGUGUGUCAGCGAGCCUGGAGAUGAAGGCACUCUGGGAUGAGUUCAAUGAGCUUGGUACUGAGAUGAUCGUCACGAAGGCUGGCAGGUGAGCAACUGGUUAUGACUCCAUUCUGGCUUGUCUCAGUAGUGAAGGCAGCCGAUAAUGAUAUCUUAGCAGUCCUUGUAGCUCUCGUAGUAGAAGUCAAAGUCCUUACGUCAGCUCCUUAGUUAAAAGCAAUAGGAACUAUGUUGUAAUAAUGUUGGUAGAAUUACCGAUUAUAUAUUGAGUUAGGUAUAAGAAUUACCAACUGGGCGCCUACACUGCAAACUGAAUUGCUUGCCAUCCUAAUGAUGCUAAAGUGAACUUAUGACACUGAAUUUAACCAUGAUUAUUACUGAUUCUGUGUCAUCAGUGAAGGUUCUUGAUUCACAUAAUGACUCUAACAACAUGCUUAUUAGAGAAGCCAGAUGUUGAUACUCAAAAAUCAGAGGAAUAGGAAUUACUAUACAAACGUUAUGGAUUCCAUCACACAUUGAAUCACUCCUUCAUGAUAAAGUUGAUAUGUUAGCCGAAGAAAGUGACCUGAGGGAAAAUGUAGAAUAUAACUUUAGUGUGUCUGUGUAUAGUAUUGUGAAUAAUAUCAGAAGAGAAAUAAAUAAUAAAACUGAGUGCCAGAGAAAUGCAUUUAGAAGCCUGAGUAGAUAUCUCGAUCACUCACUAUGAUAACAUGAACGUAGAUAAAUACGUACAGGGAGCAACUUGUAAAGUGAACAUACUGACUGAUAUUGUAGUGGCCAGGCUUAGGCUUGGUUACUGACUGAUGUUGUAGUGGCCAGGCUUAGGCUUGGUUACUGACUGAUGUUGUAGUGGCCAGGUUUAGGCUUGGUUACUGACUGAUGUUGUAGUGGCCAGGCUUAGGCUUGGUUACUGACU